CUCUCCCCUGAAAACCCAUCCAUCCCCCACUCACUCCAAGCUCACCCACUGAUAGGCACACCCUGGACACAUUCAUGUGGAGACAUACCUUUUUUCUCUCUCUAACUUUUCUUUCUUUUCAGGUGCAGCGUUUCUUGCUGUCGUCCGGUAGAGGUUGGAGUCUGCGGUCAAAUCAGGAUCAGUUUCGGGUCCAACUCGAUCAAGCAAUGUGGGAUGACUGGCCAGUGAGCCCACCCUCCACGAGAGAUCUGAAAGGACCAGUGCGUCUCCUGGUUGAAUUGGAGUCCCCAUCCCGUGGGUGGACCUGGCCAGUCCCACAGAGGGUAUAAAAUCAGCUGAGAGUCAUGCUGUCUCUCCAUCCCACCUUAGAGGACGCUGCAGCCUGUCCAACCAAUCUAACUUUAUUUUUGGUUGACUUAGAUAUCCCCUCCUUGAAUCCCCCUUCUCAACACCUCCCCCAAAUAACAGCUGACCAGACAUGUGCUGCUGAACUUGGGGAGCCACUCCAGCACAUUUACAAUUUGAGUCUGCAGCUGGGAAGGGUGCCCUCCAUGUGGAAAACAUUGUGCAUCGGUCCAGUUCCCAGGAAAAGCCGUCCUGGUGAGCUGAACGACUACAGACCGGUGGCGCUCACAUCCCAGCUGAUGAAGACUCUGGAGUGGCUCUUCCUCAAAGCUCCUCAAGCCUCAGGUGCAACAGGCUCAAGACCCCCUGCAGUUUGCCUACCGAGCAGCUGGUGUCUGGAAGGUUGCAGUCAUCCCAGGCUGAAGCCAGAGCCGUCUGUACUUCCUACGGAGACUGGGAUCCUUCAACAUCUGCAAGAAGCUCCUGUGGAUGUUCUACCAGCCACCACUCUAUUCUAUGCCGUGGUCGGCUGGGGGGUCAACCUAACAAAGAGGAGUGCUAACAGACUGGACAAACUGAUCAGUGCUCGAGUGAUCUCAGGAGCUAUGCUGUCUGGGGCUUUUGCCCCUGGUAGGGUCUCCCAAGGCAGACAGGUCCUGAGUGACGAGCCAGCAUCAAGAAUAGCCUCCUGUGGAACCAACGCCGGGAAAAGCCUCCUGUGGUACCAGCGUCACGAAUAGCCUCCUGUUGUACCAGCGUCAUGAAAAGCCUCCUGUGGUACCAACUUCAGGAAAAGCCUCCUGUGGUACCAGCGUCACGAAGGUCCCUCUGUCGUUUAAAGGGUCAUGAAGGUCCCUCCUGUGGUACCAGGGUCACAAAAAGCCUCCUGUGGUACCAGCGUCACAAAGGUCCUUCUGUAGAUUUUAGGGUCAUAAAGGUCCCUCUGUGGUACCAGCGUCACGUAUAGCCUCCUGUGGUACCAGCGUCACGAAUAGCCUUCUGUGGUACCAGCGUCACGAAUAGCCUAUGGUACCAGCGUCACCAAAAGCUUCCUGUGGUACCAGCGUCACGAAAAACCUCCUGUGGUGCCAGGGUCACGAAGGUCCCUCUGUGGUUUUCAGGGUAAUGGAGGUCUCUAUGUGGUACCAGCAUCACGAAUAGCCUCCUGUAGUACCAGCGUCACGGAUAGCUUCCUAUGGUACCAGUGUCACGAAAAGCCUCCUGUGGUACCAGGGUCACAAAUGCCCUCAUAUGGUACCAGCGUCACGAAAGCCUCCUGUGGUUUUCAGGGUCAUGAAGGUCCCUCUUUGGUGCCAGCAUCACAAAUAGCCUCCUAUGGUAACAGCGUAACGAAAAGCCUCCUGAUGUACCAGGGUCACAAAUAGCCUCAUAUGGUAUAGGUACACAAAUGUCCUCAUAUGGUACCAGCGUCACAAAAAGCCUCCUGUGGUGCCAGCGUCACCAAAAGCUUCCUGUGGUACCAACGUCACGAAAAACCUCCUGUGGUGCCAGGGUCACGAAGGUCCCUCUGUGGUUUUCAGGGUAAUGGAGGUCCCUAUGUGGUACCAGCGCCACGAAUAGCCUCCUGUGGUACCAGCGUCACCAAGGUCCCUCUGUGGUACCAACGUCACAAAUAGCUUCCUAUGGUACCAGCGUCACGAAAAGCCUCCUGUGGUACCAGCGUCACGAAGGUCCUUCUGUGGUUUUCAGGGUCAUGAAGGUCCCUAUGUGUUACCAGCAUCACGUAUAGCCUCCUACGGUACCAGCGUCACGAAAAGCCUCCUAUGGUACCAGGGUCACGAAAAGCCUCCCGUGGUACUAUUGUCACGAAAAGCCUCCUAUGGUAGCAGCGUCAUGAAAAGCCUACUGUGGUACCAGGGUCACGAAUAGCCUCCUGUAGUGUCAGUUUCACGAAAAGCGUCCUGUGGUACCGAAAAGCCCACCCCAAGCCGCCCAAAGCACCACCUCUCCCCCGAAAACCUGUCCGUCCCCCACUCACUCCAAAGUGUCAGAGGACAUGCUGUUUCCAGAAACCUGCUUUUUCAAAAGUCUCUUCCUCCAGAGGACUGCAGGAAGGCCACGUAGGCCCAUCCUGAUGCACCCAGAGCCCAAAUCCAAAGCGCCCCCUCUCCACCCAGAACCCAUCCGUCCCCCAGUCACUCCAAAGUGUCAGAGUACCCACUGUUUACCAGGGAUGAGUCAGCCAGAAGUCAGGUUGACUGAAGAAGGAAUCCUAUCAGGCCUGGCUGGCUUGUGGGACUUCAGAGGCAGCUGACAGGUACCGGCAGUAGGGCCGGAUCUAGGCACGGGCAAGGGGGGGGCAAUGCCCCCCCAAAUUUCAGGACUGCCCCCCCAAACGUGACGCCAUGCAAACAAGAAAAACAGAGCGCUCUAUGGUCUCUGGCUCCCAUUCAAAGUAGCUGCUAGUGCUGAUUGGUAAAUCCAAGAGAGGGCGUGGCCUCUCCCUUCACUCGGGUCCUCCUCUCUCACUCUGUUGCUCACGCGGCACGCGCACACAGCGGGCAGCGGCAGAGACAUGCGGCAGCAGAGCUGGGCAGAACUGUUUAGAAGUUUUUAUCUGCUGUUUGUCGCUGAAAUGACUCAAUUACCCCGAAUUUUAACUCUUUCUUGUCCUCAUCUGUUGCUCUCUUUGUUUUAAUGUGAAGGAAAAAGCGAGUCACGAGUUGACAAAGCGCAGGUUUGUGGUUGUUAAAGCUAACGCUGUUUGUAGCAGCUAAGCUAA